ACAAGUCUUUACUACGGUCGAAACAUUUUGGUCAGCCCCUGUAGUCUCCCGCUCAGACGAAGCACAGUUGAAGGACAAAGCUAUAGAUGGAGAGGGAUAAGGAGGUAGGUUGAUGCUCAUGAGGUCCUGAUGGUCUAACCCCAGGCCUGCAGUCACUUCGUACAACAUGCUGACUUCCGCUAGAAGGAGAGCGUUACAAUGGCUGAUCAGACAGAGAAGCGGUGAGGGCUUUAGGGCACUUCUAGAACAUCCAAAUCAAAGUUCUAGAUGUGUCUGUGUGUCUGUCAGGGUGGGCUGAAACGGCAUGGUUGCACUGAUGUAUUCCAGGACCAUGUAUGUGAGGAUGACACUGUUAGAGCUGGUGAUGAAGGGUGCGGCCUGUUUAUCAUUGAAAAAGAGCAUUCAGGGGAAGUGGAGUGAAACAGUGUGUUUGAUUUGUGGGGUGAAAGCCGGAUAUGUUGCUGUGUUGGCAUCUUGAGGAUAUGCUUUCGUCCAUUCUCUCAUCUCAGGGCGCUACUACGCAUCACAAGACAACUUGACCGAGCACAGCACGUUCAACAAUUAGCUCUCCACAAAACUGCACUGGGUGAAACAGCCGUACACAACUCAAUGCACUUGAGAACAGAAGAUCAGAUCAUGAAAAGCCAUUAAAAUCAACUUCACUCUGACAUUGACACUGACAUAUUCAUACAGGAAACGCGUGCACACACACACUUGCACAAGCACACCUCACCACAGGACUGGAUGUAAGAAAAGCUAAAGUAGGAAAGGAUACGAGAUGCGGAGGGGGAGGAGAAAAGGAGGGAACAAAGAAAAGGUGUUUGGCUGUGACCUGUUGGAACACCUGGCCACGUCGGGUCAUGAAAUUCCUCAGGUCCUGCGAAGCUGCAGUGAGUUUGUUGAGGAGCAUGGGGUAGUGGAUGGGAUCUACAGGUUGUCAGGGGUGUCGUCCAACACACAGAAACUAAGGGGAGAGUUUGACAGUGAGGGAACCCCGGACCUUAACAAGGAUGUCUACCUGCAGGACAUCCACUGUGUCAGUUCCGUCUGCAAGGCUUACUUCAGAGAGCUGCCCAAUCCCUUGCUCACAUACCAGCUCUAUGACAAGUUUGCUGAGGCUGUGGCAAUACAGUUGGAGGAGGAAAGACUGGUGAAGAUCCGAGAUGUGCUGAAAGAGUUACCUGCUUCCCAUUUCCGGACUCUGGAGUUCUUGAUGCGACACUUGGUCAGGAUGGCCUCUUUUUCCUCUCAGACCAACAUGCACUCCAGAAACCUUGCUAUUGUUUGGGCUCCCAACUUACUCAGGUCGAAGGACAUCGAGGUAUCGGGGUUGAAUGGUACUGCUGCCUUUAUGGAAGUGCGGGUCCAGUCUAUUGUGGUGGAAUUUAUCCUCAACCACGUGCCACAGCUUUUCCCUGAACAAGGUGCUGAGUGGUCUGGUGAGCGGCGGAAGUCUCUACCAUCGCCAACUGCGAUGACCAGUACAGAGUUCUUCCAGUCCAUUCCCUUCCAAUCCCCGAGCCACAUCGGCAACAUCAGCCCAGGGGACGGCCCCAUUGCUAUGCGACCCUACCAUGCCAUCAUCGAAGGCACAGACAAGAGGAAGGGAUCCCUCAAGGGCAAGAAGUGGAAAUCCAUAUUUAACCUCGGAGGCCGGAUUACCGAUCCCAGACGGAGAUACAAGAACUCAUCAAAAGAGAAAGAUAAACCUAUCUUGAGGCCAGCCAAGAGCAUGGAUUCCCUCAGCUGUGCGCCUUACCAGCAUGAAGGCUCCGGGCAGCGGCCUCCUUCAUCACACAUGUCUCCCCUGGCCCUGGCUCCUUGCCCCCAGACAGGUGGGACUGAGGCAGGGUCAUCCGGUGGCAGUAGUGGUUUGAACAGCUAUGCCGUGACCUACCGCAGAGGGGCGGGGGCCAGUGUGAGUGUGGUGAGCGGGGGCGGGGCGACACCAGGCACAUACAGCCCUCUGGAACCCGGAGGAACCGGGUCCACUGGGGCAGAACCUCAUCACCACCACCAGUCAAGAUCCCCAGGAAUCUCCAGCAAAGCGGGCCGGCGGGCUGGAAUCCACAUAUCAGGGCCUCUUUCGGUCACCGUGCCCCUGCACAUCACCUCCGGCCUGGCCAUGGGGGUGCUCCAAGGGGUUGCAGGGGAUAUGGGCAUCUUUAGAGGGUUACAGGGGGGUGGGGAGGGAGAGGAGGGGGAGAAGCAGGAUAAAGGGGGAGUGGUAAUAACCAUGCAUGAGAAAGUGGAGGAGGAGGACAGGUGUGAGCCUGAAGUGAAUGAAGGAAAGAGCCAGAAAGAGGAAGAGGUCAUGGAAGAGAAGGUAGCGGAUGAUGUGAUGUCAGAUGGGAGAAGUGAAGAGAGAGGUAUAGAAAAGAAAGGAGAGGAAGAGGAGGGGCUCGUGGAUGGAAAGAUAAAGAUUUCAUUGGAAGAGAGCUGCAGUGAGGCGGAUGGACAAGAUGCAAACAAUCUAGACGACAACUUGCAAGAUGAAAAUGGAGAUUAUAUGGAUAUGAAAGGGUCUGUCAGAGCCUUAGCUGUGUCAAACACAACAGAGGUGUUUAAUGUCCUGAAGAUGCAAGGGGUGUCUGGUCUGUCCGACCCUCCGGAGCUUCCUGAAGAAGACGACGACCAGUCCCUUCCAUUUGACUUCCAUGAAACAUUUGGAUUCCUGGAUCUCAUGGACAGCAGUGCAUCCAACCAGCUUUACGAGUUCUCGGUGGAGCCCCCCUGUCACGACGAGGAGGACUAUGAAGACAUGUGCAAACACAGCCCCCCCAGGGAACUACUACACAGACCAAGCCAUGAUACACAACCACCUGCAAAUACACAGGCACUCACACCCAACCAAAACAAGACAGAGCUGAACACACCGGAACAAAGCCAGUUAAACAUACACCGUCCGUUCACUGUUGAUAAAUACGGACGACCAAACAAAUCCCUGAGUUUGCCUUACAUGGCUCCGCCCUUCAUGCCUGCUCUAUCCUCCUCCUCUUCCGAGAUAGAAGAUGAUGAGGAUGACAACGACGACGAAGAGGACAUGUUCUGCAAAAGCCUACCGUCCGGUUCACGGUUCAACAAUCUGACUUGGGGGGUUGCCCCUAAAUCACAAGAUUUGGACAAUACAGAUGUUUGUACAGUUCCUGUUGACUCCUCACGAAGCUCUGAGGACAGAGCGCCGAAGCCGUCGGAUGUUGAACCUGCCAUGUGCAGAACCCCACCGCCAGUGGUAACGGAGCAGAGCCAAGACCAAGAGGAGGAGGGAAUGGAGAGGAAUGAAAACCUAGUAGAUGUAAAAGAUGCAGAUGAAGAUAAGGACGGUCAAGACGGAGACCAAAAAGAUACCUUGACAAGCACAUGCAUUCAGAGUACAGAGACGGAAGAUGCCCCCUGGUCCUUCUCUGAAACCACAAAAGAAGAGGAAGCUCUGGAGGAUGGGAAUCUCACCUUCUCAUCGUCAGCAGCUGGGAGUGAGGAGGCUCAGCUGUCAGGACCUCCAGACCAGGAUGACAUGGAUGUUAAAGCUGGUCAGCUGCUGGUCAAAGUCAAAGACAUAGAAGAGGUUACGGACAACUAUGGUAGAGGGGAAAGUUCAGAAGUCGCAGAACAGGCUGAUUCGCAUGAAGCUCCGGAAGAUCCAAAAGAUUUUGUUCCUCAAGUCUGUCAGACAGAGUCGGUUGAUCCAGAGACCACGAUACAUGUGCCUGCUGAAGUUAUCAUAGGAUCUAUUGGCGUUCCGAUGGAAGAGCUUAAAACGGGUGCACAGGAGGAUGCGGGAGAGGAAGGUCUUUGGGAGGACCAGAGUGAGGAAAGAGCGCUGGAAAACCAGGAAGAUGAAAUUGACACUGAUGGGGAGGGAGAGACCGAGAAAGAUGGAGAGAGAGAGAAAGUAAAGGACGUGGGAGGAAGAGAGGAUGAGAUGGUUGAGGAGGAGCCAAACGAGGAGGCUGAAAUUGACACUGAUGGGGAGGGAGAAACCAUGAAAGAUGGAGAGAGAGAGAAAGUAAAGGAGGUGGGAGGAAGAGAGGAUGAGACGGUUGAGGAUGAGACGGUUGAGGCGGAGCCAAACGGGGAGGCUGAAACUGACACGGAUGUGGAGGGAGAGACCGAGAAAGAUGGAGAGAGAGAGAAAGUAAAGGAGGUGGGAGGAAGAGAGGAUGAGACGGUUGAGGUGGAGCCAAACGGGCAGGCUGAAACUGACACGGAUGGGGAGGAAGAGACCGAGAAAGAUGUGGCGCGAGAGAUGGUUAAAGAAAUGGGAGAAAGAGAGGAUGAGACUGAGGAGGAGACUAACCAAGGAGAGCCUAUUGAGGUCGAAGAGGAAAGAGUAGCAGGGGAUGGAGACCAAGUAGAUGAGGGCACAGAGCAAUAUGAGGAUGUUGAAUUGAGCCAAGAAGUAAGGGAUGACAUGGAUGGGAUUGUGGAAAAUGGAGACAAAGGAGAUGAGAAUGAUGACGGAGGAAGAAGGGACCGGGAAGAUGAGCUAGAGGGAAAGGAAAAGGGUCGAGAGUGCACUGAGGUCAGCGAGCAAGAUGAGAGAGAGGAGACUGGAGGAGAAAAUGGAGAUCUGGUGAAUGAAAAAGGAGAAGAGAGUGAUACCACAGAUGAACAGAGGAAACACACGUGCACAGAACAUGAGAGGAAAGCAGAUGACAUACAAACCCAAGUAGCUAUUGAGAACAGUGAGAUAGAUUUGCUCAUGGGAAACAAGAUAGAGAAGGAUGGGACUGAGGACAGAAAUCGAGAAAUUGUAGUGAGUCACUUAAAUGAAGAUGUUAUUCUUCUAGAAGAGAGGGAAGGAUGGGACUCAAAAGAUCAAGAUAGAGAGGAUGAAGGGGAGGGAGAAGAAAAGAUGAAUGAGGGACAAACACAGACUUUCCUGGAACAGUCAGAGGGAGAACCAAGAGAGAUUCCAACAGACACUGCAGGGGGAAGUGAUGCUCAGGAGGGGCUUGGACCAGGGCUGGGGAGAAAGGUUCUAGUUACCAAACAAACACCUAAAGUACACCAUGUGAAAUCAGUGCCUGUAGUUCCCCCUAAGCCUCAGCAUUGCCGACUAACGGUACUGAGCAUCAGACAUCAGCAUCAAGAGAGAGAGCGGAGGGAUGCAGACCGAGACAGACAGAGGGUAUGGGACGAGCAUGUCAAAGAGAGAGACGGGGAGGAUGGAUCUGAAUGCUACAAACUCUGUAAGAGAGAGCAUGCAGAACAAGUAGAGGGUCAAGAUGACAGCAAAGGCAGAAGGGAGAAACAAGAACCACAGGAAGGCGAAGGAGGAAGAAGGAGAGAAGGAGAUGACUGGGGAGGGAAGGAGACGGCAAGGAGAAGUCAGAUCAGCAUGUGUUUUGACGAAGCUGUCGCUAUGGCAACGAUGAUGCGAGGGCGGGAGAAAGAGUGUGCUGAGAGGGAGAGGCAGAGAGGAAAGGAGGCACAGUAAAAACAUAUUUUUAUGUUUCUAUGUUCUGUAUAGACUGCUGGAUUCUGUAAGUCUGAUUACAGUUUUAUAAAUGAUUUCAUGAGAUGCUUUGCUGUAUUUGUCUCAGAUCAACCAUUUGACAUGUACAAAUAACCUCCUUUACUUUAUAUACACUUUCCUGAAUUGUGUAUGCAUGUAUGGUAUGCAAACUAGGUAUUUGCAAGGUAUUUGCUCAAACCUUUUGAAUAUAACCUAUUUACAUUACUUGACAAUCAACAAAUAGACAAUUAGACUUAGUACUAGUGGCUAGUAAUGCCCAGAUGCCCUAAAUACCCAAACACCUAAUAAUGAAGAUAAUAUACCCAUGUUUUUCCAAGCAAUGUUACUGUAAUUACUGAAUUAUAUAAAGAAUGUCGACUUUGUAAAGAACGUUUAAAAACAACAAUUGUCUUAACAAUUUAAUACACCCAUUUUUAUGUGAAUAAAGAUAGUUGCAAAUUAAGUUGACUGUCCCACCUUUUCUGUUGUAGGCAACCAAAAAGUUCCCAAAUAAGGAACAAUUUCGGAAGAUUACGGUACAUUUUUCGUCACUUCCGCAAUAUACCCGGAAAGAUAACACGACCGACUGGUAUCGUUUUAAUUUGGGUUUCAUAGUAAAUACAUAUGUAAUCAAAUUGUCUGGGUUCGUAAGGUAACAAAUGAGAAAUAUGACUCUCCCUGUUUACUUUAAUUCUCAAAUAUCUGCAAUAAUGGAUGUUUUAGCCAAGGCAGCUGUCGCUGAAAUAACCAAACUUGUGGAGGAAGGCACCGUCGUGUUAAGAUUGGAAAUGCGUCGAAGAGAGAGUGAGAUAGAGGACCUCAAAAGAAGCUUAAUAAUGGAAAGAGAGCUCAGGAAAGGUCAAGAGGCUGCUGUGCGUGUGACAAGUCAUAGGUUACAUGCUGUAGGGAUUCAGGUUGGCAGUCCCGUAAAAGAUAUUCAAGAGAAGCAGACAACACAUUACUCACACGUGGACUCAGACCAGCACCUUGGGCACUGUGGACUGGGACCUUUGGUGAAAUCAGAGCCAGUAGAAGAGCAUACACCCCAAGCAGACACAGGGCAUGACACCGGGGAACUGACUAGUAACUUUGAAAUAGAAGGAACAGAUGACCAGCUCUGGCAUUCUGAUUCUCACGGAGUCUGUGGGACAGACUUAGUUGACCCAGAGAUAUCUAGUACAAUAGAAAAAUGUUUGCAGAUGUUUUCUCAAACAGAUCAAUAUCCAUCUCACAGUAAUAUUACAGAAAUGCCUUGUAGUUUUUCAUCUACUGCAGGCAAAUCGCUUGAUGAAGCAUUCGAUUCAAUUGCCAUUAAGGUGGAGCCAGACACACAGCCUUCAGCAUGCAUGGGAGAUGUUAUGUUGGUGUCCAUUCAACCUGGGCAGGGACAGUGUGGAAAUGUUGCACACACUGUGGCCAGUGAGAACCUGACUUUGCCGGCACUACUGCAGCAGCCAGGGGUUCCACAAGCAGAGAGAGGGACUGAAGGCAUACCAGGGCCUAACACUGCAUACAACCCUGAACAUUAUGUGAAUCGAAACCGUUUUAGAGCUAAAAGAAUGGUAAAUGUCUGGAAAAAUGGACUUGCCCAAAAAAUGUUCCUCUGUUCAAUUUGUGGUAAAGGCUUCCCCCGCUUCGGCCAGCUGGAAGCUCACCAGCUCAGCCACUCUGGAAUCAAACCAUACAGAUGUUUAGAGUGUGGCAAAUGUUUUACUCAGAAAAAGAGAUUAAAGACACAUCAAAGUGUCCACACGGGUGAGAGACCCUUUAGUUGCAAAAUUUGUGGAAAGAUGUUCUCAAGACAGGACAACUGUAUAAGGCAUGAGAGAUUUCACAGUGGAUUAAAACCACACUCUUGUGUUCAGUGUGGAAAACAUUUUACUUCUCUAAGCAACCUCAGAGUGCAUCAUCAGCAAGUUCAUACUUGAAGUAGAAAUCCUACCGAAUUAUAAAAAAUAAAAA